AUGACAACCCACAUGCAUGUCGGGAACAAAAGCAUGAUGUCGGGGGGGAGCCCAUGCAUGGACGUGCUUCGUGGAGGGCUUUCGUGGCCUGGUGUCGUGAUGCUGUGGACGGGGGUCUGGACCCUGCUCGAUAGGCACGUUCCUGGCGGGACAGGGUUGUGGAAAGAGCUAGGGCUGGCGGUGGCUGGCGCUUGGAUCAUGGUCUGGACCAGAACCUUUUUUUCGAACGCAGGCAUGGACUCUUUGGACCAGGAGGGCUCGCUGUCCGAGAUGGGCUCGCUGCUGGUGCAGGGCAGGCUCCGCUGGCGCGACGAAGCCAAGUUCUACGCCAGGAGCCUCUUAGCGAUCGUGGGGUCGAUCCUCUUUUGGGACGGCGUUUACGAUCUCUGCGACGAGCACACCUGGGAAGGAACUCUGACGUACAACUUGGUCUGCGCUUCACUCGGCGGUGCCGGCAUGGUUUGGGUCAUGACCAGCGAAGACGAGGACGAGCGCAUUCGCGGGGACGAUAUCGGUGACGGGCCCGCUGCGAUGAUGGUGUCUGCAGCAAAACGGUCCGGUGGGCACUCGUCCAGGCUCAGCCCGGGCAACAGGGGCAGGCUUUACGCGAAGGCGCUGUUCUGCAACGUGUGCGGUGUCGUAUUCUGGAAGGGCGUCGAAGAAAUCAUCGAAGACAACGGGCCGAACAAGGACUGGACCGGGCUUGUAUUCUUCGUGGUCGGAAUCUCGAUCCUCGUCGCCACCGACAGGCUGUCCAUGAACAGCGGGCUUGAAGAUGGCUUGCCCCUCGCGGUGGGUGUGCAUGAUGGCCCGGCCGCCUGCACGAUAGAGACCGCGGCUUGGGACGCGAGCAACAAUAACCCCGAUCUCAGGGUGCCGUCAUCAUCGCCGCCGUUGUUAGACGGCGUCGUCAACGACCUCCUGUGCCCUCGGUGUAGUUGGCUGGUAGCCGCCCCGACGUCCUUUUGCGGCGGCGAUGUUUGCAGCCAGUGCGGGGGGGAAGGGGCGGGGUCGAGACGACGGGGGGGAGGCUGCGUUGAAGUCCCGCGGUGGGUCACGACGGCGACGGAGCUCACGGGAGUGGUGUUUGCGUGGACGGGGAUAGAGUGGUAUGUGUGGGAGGGAGACUACAUACCCGACAGCGCGCUUCGGGAUCUUGGGUAUGUUGCGGUGGGCCUCGGGAUUCUGGUCGGCACCGGGACCUUCUUCAACCUGGCGGGCACGAUAAGCCCCGUCGCCGCCCUCAAGCAGGCAAGCAAGCGGCGCAUGGGGAUCAUCAUCACAGCGCUUCUUUGCUGCUCUACGGUGCAUCAGCACAACCGACACGAGGAGGCGAUGCCGCUUUUGUCCAACUCCGACCAGCCUGAGACCGAUACAGAUACCCAUAGGCAUCUCACUGAAGCCCGGGCGGCGUUUGAUGUGACAGCCUCUCUUCCCCCAGCAUCUCAGUAUGCGUUCUUUGGGUUCGGCUGAUAGGCCGGGAUCACGGCGUAAGACAAUGUACUGAUUUGUACAGUUUUUUUUUCAAGGACCUCAAGAGUCUCAACAUAUUUUUUAGGAUGUAUCACUAUGUGCUGAUUUGUCCUCGCUGUCGGUUUGAACUGUGCCCGGUCUUUCGCAUGUUCUCGCAUCACGCUCUGCAGCAAUGCUCUCUUAUUCCGGCUCCGGAAGGAAGUCAUGAUUUUGGAAAACAUGCAAACAUACAUUAAGACUACCCCAACCACAGCAGUCGAGGGGGACGUUCACGGUGAGAAUAGAGUAACCCCUGGGCGAGGGUGACGGUGCGGCGGUGUCAAACGUGGUUUUGUUAUCAUGAAGCGAGCGAGCCCCGUGCUCUGUUUUUUUUGAGUUCGUCUCUUUUGAGUGUUUGGUCCUUAGGGUUCUCUCCGGCAGAGGAGGCGGGGAGUGUGCAGCGCUAUCGUUUUGUCCCAUUCGCUGUGGCGCUUAUUUGUGUUGAGUGCUGUCAGUGGCUGUGUGGUGGACCCUUAUUUUCGCCUUUUAAGUGUGUUUACGUUGUUCUGUGUCUCUCGCGUGCGGUGCUUUGUGUAUGUUUAAUGUUUCAUUAUUUUUUUGUGUAUGUUGUCUCCCAUCGGUGGACUCUGUCGUCUGCCCCUCUGGCCCCUAUCCUCCACUUCUACCAGCUAGACGACCCAACCGGGGUCACACAGGAGGGGGGGGUUGGACCCCCUCCUGCGGUUCCUACGUGAGAUAUUUUUAUCGCGAGAAGGGUACAGCAAUCCCUCCCCUCGCGACUGAUGAAGUCGAUCAAGUUUACCAACGACGAGCUUUGGAGCGCGUCGCUUCCAACGCAGACCAGGAUUUAAUUAGCGAGAAAAAACUCACUCUGUCGGAACUCGAACCCAUGACCUGGCCCUUAGCAGGCUGCGAGGCUACCCACUAGACCACCGGGGCGACUGGGUUGUAUGUACCUGUGUGGUUCGCCAGUCCCGGCUCACCAAUGCUAUCAUGAUUCGUCUCUGAACGGGAUGACAUGGAACGCUUGUUGGCACUUUCCUGGUCAGUGGGGAGUGGGGAGGAGGGACGGCCGGCAGGAAUAAAGAAACGGGUAGUCUCUGCCUGGCGUUAUGUACACGUUCUUAACGGGUGUGCAUAGGUGCGUGUGCUUCGUUAGUUUGCAUUUUCGCAGAGGCGUGGUUAUGUUUCUUUGGGUGACAUCGACUGCGCUAACCGGGCCGAUGAAAGACGGGAGGAAAAAAACGAAAAGCUCAUGUAUGUGCG